CCACGCAAGACCCAGCGCUCGGCAGAACUUUAGACACUCAGACUCAGUUCACGACUCACGACGCAGACGCGCGCAGCCAUGUCUUCAAUGUUCGACCUGCCCAGCGCGAAACGGGUGCGCCGCGAUGAGCUUCGAUCGCCACAUGAGUCCCCACGAUCGACGCCAGAUCGAGACAUCGAAGAACUUUUGCGCCAGCGGAUAUCCACCGAGUUCGCCUUCACGACUACCGAGCAAGAUGCCGGCCAUGUUGAAGAUGCAGUGCAGAGCGACGAGGACGAGGCAGAGCUGCGGCUGUUCGCUGCACCAGCCAAUGCUGCGCCCGCGACCUUGAAGGUGCGACUCUCAUCGCCAGGCCUGGACAAGGGAGAUGGAUCAGGGUUCUUGGUGAAAAAGCCAAAGAGCUACUAUUUCGCCGAUGAGCCGACAAUGGACGAAGAGCUGGCGCUGCAGGCCGCUGCGAUCGAUGGAAGCACUGUGCUGGAGCUGUCGCGGCAGCCAUGGCCGGCCUGUGCGAUGCUGUGGAAGGUGCACACAAUCACGAAGGAUGGCAUGAAGAGGGCAGUGUUGGUUGGGCACCCUCGCCUGCUGGCUACAGUAGAAGAGAAGGAUCACAAGCGGACACGGAAGGGGAAGAAAGCGCGUAUCGCGUUGAGGAAGAAGAAGCAGGCAAACAAGGACAAACAAGAGGAGAGGGCCAAGCUUGCGGCAGAGAAAGAAGAAGCUGAGCGCGAGAAGAGGACCAGGCGAAACAGGGAGAAGAAGGUUAAGAAGAAGGCCAAGGCGCAGGCUAAGAAAGCUGAGGGUGAAGGCACCGCUGAGAGGAACAGUCAGCCGGCAGAAGUCGAGGCGGAUACAAGCAUGCAGGACUGA